AGGCGGGGCGGCGGGCGCUCGGCCGGGGAUGAUGGGCAUCGCGGUCCCGCUGAGGCGCUGAACCGGGUCGUGCGGGGGUGGGUGGGACGGAGGGGGUGGCCUCGAAGCGGAGCCAUGGCGGCGCUGCUGCUGCUGGUGCUGGGCCUGGAUCCGGGCCCCGGGGCGGGUGGGCGUCGUCCGGGCGGCGGCCUGGAGGAAGAGCUGGUGGCCGAGAAGGCGGCGGAGGCCAGUCACCGGCAGGACAGCGCCAACCUGCUGGUCUUCAUCCUCCUGCUGACCCUCACCAUCCUCACCAUCUGGCUCUUCAAGCACCGCCGCGCCCGCUUCCUGCACGAGACCGGGCUGGCCAUGAUCUAUGGAGUUCUGGUGGGGGUCAUCCUUCGAUACGGCAUCCACAUUCCCAGCGAUAUCAACAACGUGACUCUGAGCUGCCCGAUGCAAACAAGCCCAGCUACUUUGCUGGUCAACCUCAGUGGGAAGUUUUAUGAGUACACCCUGAAGGGAGAAAUCAGUUCCCACGAACUCAAUAAUGUUCAAGAUAAUGAGAUGCUGCGGAAGGUAACUUUUGAUCCCGAAGUCUUUUUCAACAUUUUGCUCCCUCCAAUUAUAUUUUACGCUGGAUAUAGCUUAAAACGGCGUCACUUCUUCCGAAACCUUGGAUCCAUUUUAGCGUAUGCGUUUCUUGGAACAGCAAUUUCCUGUUUUGUGAUAGGGUCCAUCAUGUACGGCUGUGUUGCGCUGAUGAAAGUGAUGGGGCAGCUCGGGGGAGACUUCUACUUUACCGACUGCCUGCUUUUCGGGGCCAUCGCCUCCGCUACGGAUCCUGUGACCGUCCUCGCCAUAUUCCAUGAACUUCAAGUGGACGUUGAGCUCUACGCCCUUCUCUUUGGAGAGAGUGUCCUCAACGACGCCGUGGCCAUUGUGCUGUCUUCGUCAAUCGUUGCCUACCAGCCCGCAGGAGACAACAGCCACACUUUCGAUGUGACCGCCAUGUUCAAAUCCAUCGGGAUCUUCCUGGGGAUUUUCAGCGGAUCAUUCGCCAUGGGGGCGGCCACUGGCGUGGUCACCGCUCUGGUCACCAAGUUUACCAAACUCCACGAGUUCCACCUGCUGGAAACAGGCUUGUUUUUCCUGAUGUCCUGGAGCACCUUCCUCUUGGCCGAAGCGUGUGGUUUUACCGGUGUGGUGGCAGUUUUGUUCUGUGGCAUCACUCAAGCUCACUAUACCUACAACAACUUGUCCACAGAAUCUCAGCACAGGACAAAACAGUUGUUUGAGCUACUCAACUUCUUGGCGGAGAACUUCAUCUUUUCCUACAUGGGGCUUACACUGUUCACGUUCCAGAACCACGUCUUCAAUCCAACCUUCGUGGUUGGGGCUUUUCUGGCAGUGUUCCUGGGAAGAGCAGCAAACAUUUACCCGCUCUCUUUCCUGCUUAACCUGGGGAGGCGAAACAAGAUUGGGACCAACAUUCAGCAUAUGAUGAUGUUUGCUGGCCUGCGGGGAGCCAUGGCGUUUGCCUUGGCCAUCCGGGACACAGCCACCUAUGCGCGGCAGGUGAUGUUCAGCACGACUCUGCUGAUCGUCUUCUUCACCGUCUGGGUCUUCGGCGGCGGCACCACCCCGAUGCUCUCGUGCCUGCACAUUCGGGUUGGUGUCGAUGCUGACCAAGACAACGUGGGUGGGCCAGAAACCGAGGGGCGAAGCACCAGAGCCGAGAGCGCCUGGCUGUUCCGAGUCUGGUAUAACUUCGACCAUAACUAUUUAAAACCUCUCUUGACGCACAGCGGCCCUCCCCUCACCACCACGCUCCCCAGUUGCUGUGGGCCCCUUGCAAGGUGCUUGACGAGUCCGCAGGCUUACGAGAAUCAAGAACAGCUGAAGGACGACGACUCAGAUCUGAUAUUGAACGACGGAGACAUCAGCCUGACGUACGGGGAUUCCAGCGGGAACUCCGAUUCAUUGCCAUCGGGCGCCUCCAGGCGGGUGACCGGGAACGGUUCGGAGGACACCCUGGACCAGGAGCUGGGCUUCGGAGACCAUGAACUGGUCAUCCGGGGGACACGCCUCGUUCUCCCCAUGGACGACUCGGAGCCGCCUUCCGGCGUGGUUGACAACGCUCGCCACGGCCCAGCGUAAAGACCGGUUCCUUGAGACGACGGGGAGUGUCCGAGGAAGAGGAACCAACGACAACCAAAAUAUCCGCAGACCGUGGCGAAGAAAAACCUGGCUAUCGGUGAUUCCCCCCCCUCCCGAAAAAAACCCUACCGCCCGUCUCAGGAGCGUUUGAGCUGUAUAAAUACUAUUUAUUUAUACGAUGUCAGGCCGAAUCCCCGCUGUCUGUGCGUGGCGGUUCUCGGGGAGCGAGCUGUUGAUUUUGUACGCUUAGGAGCACCCACGUGAAAUGGAUGGGACUUGCACCAAACAGCAGUGGAACCGUCUUCAAUACAGUUGGGCCACGGGGAACGUAGAGACCUGUAGGGCAAAGGCAGCUUUGCAAAACAAGAACCCUUCCGGUUCUAUAGAAUUAUGUGUCGUCGUUGUUGUUGUUUGGGUUGGGUUUUGACCAUCCAAGUGCCCAUUUUGUUGAUGCCAGGGAAGGAGGGAAGGGAAGGAAGGAAGGAAGGUAGGUUAAGUUUGAGCAGUGGGGAACUUAAGACGAGGUGGCCAAACUGCAGUUAGGCAGAAGAUCAAAGAAAAACCAAAGGUUUUUUUUUGCUUGAAAUCUUUUAUUUUGAAGAACAUCUCCUGGAUGUUGGACAAAUUUGGACAAGGGGGCUUCUCUUUUGGCCACCUGGCUGUCCACACGGAAGGGAGAAUUAGCCGGACGGCAGAUGCUGUGGGCAUAACAAGCUUCUAACUUGGCAAGUUGUGUAUGUGGGUUGACAGGCAUCAACCUCCUCGGUGGUCCCAAUAGAGAAGGUUGUCCUCUUAAGACACCGAAGGUGGAUCAUUUUAUCAUUGUUUGGGUUUUCAUUUUUCUCUCGCCUUACCCCAUCGCGUUUAGGGUGAGGCGCCGAAUUGACGGAGUACCUAAAUAGCUACCGUUUCGUUCUUUUUUGUGCAGAGAAUUCACAUGCGGCUUCGGGGAGCAGGUUGGAGGCCCCCCAAAAACGGCCGUGUCGAUUUUGAGCUUUCCAUUCUAGUGGGGGGGUGGGGGCAGAAUUUUUUUUUUAAUGGUUGCACAUCUGCAGACUAACCGAACAGCUGGAGCAGCGGCACUUGGGACUGUCCAAAAGACACAGGUGGAGAUUUUACAGGGUUGGUGGGUUUUUUUUUAAAGAUACUUGGAACAUCUGUGCAUUUGUAUAGUUGCACUCCUUGGUAUUGGUUGCAUGAUAAUGCACAUUUGUGUGUGUGUGUGUGUGUGUGUGUGUGUGUCUAUAAUGGGGAAAAGAGAUUUCUGUCUCAUUGUUUACAAUUCAGUGAGAAAAAUGCCAAUAAGGCCUGUUUCUUGACGUUUUUUUUUUUAAUUUCUUCACCUAUGAAAGAGCUCCGAACAGCCUGCUGAUUUUUAUAUUCAAGUUUAUUCAGAUUUUUCUCUUCUAACUUUCUGUUUUACUUGUUUUGGAGGAUUUUCAUCGCAUCUUUUCCAGGCACACUGGCAGAUCGGGGUCACUUCCCGACUGAACCUCAUUGCUUUCUUAUGCCGAAAACACACAAAACCAACUCUCACGUUAGAAUUUCGAAAUGCUUUUUUAACGCCCCGUUUUAUUCUAGUUACUAACACUCCCUGUUUUUUUAAAAAAUCCUGUUUUUCAAAAUGGGUUUCAUUUUUUUUAAGAUUAGCACAACCUGCAAGCAGCAGUAUAUAGUUUCCCUUUGGCUAGCCAUUCAAUUCACCAGAGAAAUUUCUCAUCCUAAAAUAAACCUUGUACACCCCCCCCCCUCCAGGCUUGCUUUGGAGGAAAACCACGCUCCAAAAUUGUGAAAUGUUUGUAACCAUUUUGUGCCCUGGAAGCAGGCUAAGGUAGCUGUAGACAUCCUGCAUUUCAGCAUAUAAAGUAUAAUAACUUUGCAUGUGUGGCUUUUCUUUUCUUUUUUAUUCAUUUUCUUUAACGAGAACUUUUGAGCUGAGAUUUUUUUUUUUCCUCCAGAACAGAAAAACUGAAUUGCUUCUUCUUUUUAAACCUUAAAGAUUGGCCGUGCUGGACUUUUGCCUCUUCUUUUGGUCCAGCAAGGAACCGAUUCCAUUUCAGCCACGUAAACAGAUUACUUUUUGUUUUCCAAAAGUUUCCGGUCUGAAUUAACUUUCUCCAAGUCUCCUUCAGGAUAAUUUUGGGCACCUGCCCAGGAAUGGUGAGCUCUAUUCCUUCCCUUUUUGGUUGCAUUCUGCUUUCAUCGUGUCCCACCCCGCUUCUUCAAGAGUCGCCCCAAUUCUAUAGUGACACCGCUUGCCUGAGAAGUGUCAAACUUCACUGCACUGGAAAAAUAAGAUUUUUUUCCCCCCCUUUCUCUCCCAAACUUACUUCGUUAGGUAACAUUAGGUCUUUUAUUUUUAUUAUUAUUUUUUCCUGCUAUGCAGGAACGUCGUUCAAUAUAUGUGAAUGCAUGUUGUGCUUCUAUAUAAUGUCUGUAUUUUAAUGUCCGAUGUUAAAAUAAUAAUAAUAACAAUAACAAUAGUACUAUUGCUAAUAAUAUGAGAAAUGUUCAUGUGAUAACGCUUCGGUUUCAAAUGUAUCUAAGCAACUAAGCUAAUGACCUUUUCAGCCUGAUCGGUCGUGGAGUUUGCAGACUUCUGCAUC